UGUCGUCACACCUCAUUUACCCCCGACACCUCGCGUCCGGGCUGAACGCGAGGAUUAUAACUGCGACGCCUUUUCUCUCCGCUACACAGAUAUCUUCUUAUCACUCCGGGAUAGCCAGUCAUGGCCCCACCGAAGCUCUAUACUCGCAGGAGUGCGACGACGACGCAGACAGCUGUGAAGCAGAAGGCGAGUGUAACGAUCCCGCAGCAAGCGAACGGUGGCGCGGCGAAGAGACCGAACGUAGAGACACCCCAGUCGACGGACAGCACCGUUUCUCGCGCAAAGAAGAAGCGGCGGAUCGAGGUCGAGGUCGUCAGUGAUGGGUCCCCUUCGCCGACGGAGCGGCCCGCGGCUUCAGAGGGGUCGCAGCAAGCAGGGAAAUUGGCUGCUGUGAAGUCGGCGGCCACCUCGACACGCGCAGGAGGGAGCGCGCAUGGAGUAGACGCGCCUGCCACUUCUGCACCUCGCGUACAGGGGACACGUACAUUGCCCAAAAUCGCUGAAUCAAGCAAGCCUUCGACAACGAAGAUAUCAGCAAAGGCGCCUGUUCCUGAUGGGCAUUCUUCAGCCGCGUCAGGGAGCGCACCUGCCAAACCUCUACAAUCCAGUGCUGCACCUUCCCCCCUUCGUCGCACGCAAACCUCUCCUCCCAAACCCGUGCAGAAGUCCGUAACACAGCUCAAGGACUCUACGCCGAAGUCCUCUCGAUCUUCCCCUUCUUCCGUGAAGGCAGAUAAGUCUACCCCUAUGGACGUCGACCAUCCACCACAUACUACGAAGAAGGCUCCUUCAUCAUUCAGAGCCUCUAAACCCUCCAGCAAAGUGACAACUACCACUGCUCGUCCGAAGACCCGAGCGCGCGAUCUCUCGUCCCUCUUCUCCGAAUGUCUGCCCUCUACCUCGCAACCGAAAUCUGCUGCGCGAUCGCCGACGAAACUGGCGAGAAGGAUGCUAGGAAGGUCGAAGACUGAGUCGUCAAUCUCGUCUGCUGGGCAUGCAAGCAUCUUCGACUCGCCGUCUGCAAGUCAGAAGAGCCUCGGUAUGGCCGAGUCGAUGCCAAACAUACUGGUUGACUCGGCUGACCCGACUCAGCAUCAGGCUAGCACCCCGAGCGCCCUCGACCGGACGCCUGGCACACCCCGCGCAGAAUCCUUGCGGAGAGCAGACUCGACACCCUCAAUUUCCCAUUCACCGCCCAGAGUCAGCGAAUCAGAACGCGCGAAACCCCAACCGCACCCAGGAAAGACUAUACGCACCUACGCCGGCGCUUCGCGCUCCUUCCUCAUGGCAAUCCCCAUCUCCGCUGCCACCGACCCCACCCAAAACCCCACCGGCGCACCCCUCGACUUGUCCUCCCUCGCGGACCCCACCCCUCCCGAUGAACAACCUGACAGCGUCCCAUACUCGACCCUCCACGCCAUGUACCUCCCAACCGACGACGACAACAUGAUGGACCCGCUCAUGAAGUCCAUCACCGACCUGCGCUCCAAGGGCGAAGCGCGCCGCUGGGCAGACGAGGCCGGCUACUUCCUUGAGGGCCUCGAGCCCGACGCUCCCAUCGGCUUACGCCGCGCGAGCGCGCUCGAUAUCGCGAAGAAGCUCGCGGUGGACGAGGAGUUUUGGGACAAGGCGAAGCGCGCGGACGACUUCUUUGGGACGGUGUGGACGAAGUUCGUAUCUGCGGGCGCGGGCGUGAAGCAGGCGGAGAAGGCUGACUUUGCACUGGAUGCGUUGUUGGCAGCGUUUGUGUCGCUGGUGAGUCGGGAUGCGGAGGCACUCGCGGAGCUGGCGAAUCAGCCAGACUUUGGCGAGAUACUGUUUCGGGUGAUGGAGAGGGCGAGGAAGGUCGACGCGCUCAGUGAGCAGGAGGCGCAGCCCAGUGUGAGGCUGAGCAAGAAGGAAAGGGUUUUCGUGGCGUCCAUGAAGGAAACCCUUAUUCCAUCGCUUGCCAGUAUCUGCGAGCCCGAACACCCUUCGACAAUCACCCUCGUUGAACACGUACUUAGUCAGGUCGCUCCGUCCCAUUUACCGUCCUCCCGCGCCACCGACGUUGCUCGCUCGAUGCAAACAUGCCUGAAGAUCGACAAAUCUUCCUUUGCGGCGCCUAAUAUUCACCGAGUCAGCAAACUCCUUCCUCUACUCGAUUCCUUUUUGCUCGGGCAAUGGAAUUCCUCGCAGUCAGCACUCACACAGGACGUCCUCGACGGGGAAGAGUGGCUAGCUCCCGCGCUUUUGGGCCUCCUCAGGACGUCACCAUCCUCUGCGAACUCGAAGGGAAAGGCAAGAGCGGACAUGAAGUCAGAUGCAGCGACGGCCCUGCACAACCUUGCAUUGCGCAUUCUCACGACACUCACGCACGCGUCGAAGUCAUGGUGCAGACGGGUCGAGAGCGCUGGAGGUGUACGAACGCUCGGCGCGCUAAUGCGGGCUUGUGCGGACUCCAGCCCGAAGGAGGCGGGUAGGGCUAUGCGUCUCAUGGUCAAGAGGGAACCCAGCAUCAAGGUGGAGGUCGAUGGAAGCGACGAUGCGUUAAUAGAGAAGGACGACGGACGCCAGGACACGCUCUACAUUGCGUUGGCUCUUCUGACGAACCUCGCACAAGAGCUCGGUGCAUGCGAGGGCAUGGACGACGACGUGAUUGACACCCUCCUGCGUUUGCACGCGCGAAGUUCAGUCACGGCACGGUCAGGCCACGCUCGUGAGCCGUCGCAGAAUGUAGACGAAGCUGCGCGAGAGGCCGAGCGCAUUUACGUCCCCGGACAUCUGGCCGUCCUGCUCGGCAUGCUCAUGCGCGAUAGCGAGCGCGUGCGAGAUGUGGUACUGCGGGAACUAGCGGGAGGUGACAAGUUAGACGGCGGCGUAAAGUCAGAAGAGAGCGCAGGACUGCGUCGUCUUGCCGAUGAUGCAAGAACGUUUGUGGAUACCUGGGUCUUUGCGAUAGGUGCGGCUCGGGACGAGCGAAGCACGGCAGAAGGGGAGCUAGCUACGGAGGUGUUGGCAUUCUACGAGACGUUGUGCUCUGCUACAUAGCGACACCAAGCAAGAGAUACAGCCUUUCCUCCUG